AUGCAAGAGAAGUGUGAAAUGCCAGACUUAGGUGAAAUGACAUACUUCCUCGGUCUGGAGGUGAACCAAGCUCACAAUGCAAUCUUCAUAAACCAAAAGGGGUUCGCAAUAAAAAUCCUACGAAGGUAUAGUAUGGAGAAUUACAAACCUAUGAGCACUCCCAUCGCUCAAGAUGAGAAGCGCACCAGUAGUGAAGAUGUUGAAAAGCUUGAUGAAACAAGUUAUAGAUGCUUAGUGGGAUGUUCGCUUUACUUGACAGCAUCCAGACCUGACAUCAUGUUUGUUGUAAGUCUAUUGUCAAGAUUCAUGCAUUGUUGUAAUGUGGACCACUACAAAGUAGUAAAAAGAGUUCUACGAUACAUGAGAGGAACUUUAGAUCAUGGAGUGAAGUUUACGAGGACUGAAAAGGUCAAGCUACUUGGGUAUUCAGACAGUGAUUGGGGUGGAUCUUCUGAAGACAUGAAGAUUACUUUAGGCUAUUUCUUCACUCUAAGAUCAAAUGUGUUCUAUUGGAGCUCGAAGAAGUAA